AUGGCAACGCCGGCGGUUGUGGUGCCUGUGGCAGCGGAUCUGGAUGUGCUGGGUGCAGGGGCUGCUCUGGCUGUGGCUGUGGUGGCUGUGGUGGCUGCGGUGGCUGCGGUGGCUGCGGCGGCUGCGGCGGCUGCGGCUGUGGUGGCUGUGGUGGCUGUGGUGGCUGUGGUGGCGGUGGGUGCUGCAACUCUGGCUGCGCAUGUGGCAGUUGCGGCAGUUGUGGCUGUGGGUCAUCCUGCGGAGGCUGUGGCCCUUGCGGCUGCGGCGGCAAAGGCGGAUGCUGUGGCGGAUGCGGUUGUGGCGGAGGUUGCGGUGGCUGCGGUGGCUGCGGUGGCUGCGGAUGCGGCUGCAAAGGGGGUUGCGGAUGUGGGCCGGCAGGCUGCGGAGGUGGUUGCGGAGGCUGCCGCGGCUGCGGAUGUGGCGGAGGAUGCGGAGGAUGUGGAGGAUGUGGCUGUGGAGGAGGCUGCGGUUGUGGAGGAGGGUGCGGCUGUGGCGGCUGCGGAUGUGGUGGCUGCGGAGGCUGUGGAGGGUGUGGCUGUGGUGGAUGCGGAUGCGGUGGCUGCGGAGGUGGGUGCUGCACGAAUUGCGGUUGUGGAAGUGGAGGUUGUGGGGGAGGCUGCGGCGGCUGCCGUUGUGGAGGAUGCGGCUGUGGUGGCGCAGGCUGCGGCUGCGGUGGGUGCGGUGGGUGUGGGGGUUGUUGUGGCGGUUGUGGUGCGGGUUGCGGUGGCUGCGGUUGCUGCGGCGGAGGCUGUGGAGGCUGCGGAGGCUGCGGCGGCUGCGGCUGCGGAGGUUGCGGAGGUUGCGGAGGCUGCGGCUGCAAAGGAGGAUGUGGCUGCUCAAACAUGGGACCCGGCAUGGGCAGCAAGGGCUUGGGCAUGUGACUGCAUGUGA